CUACUAUCAUGGGGUUGGGAACUACUGGUUUGGAUAUAACCCACGAUCACAGGGAGGGGGAACUACUGGUUUGGAUAGAACCCACGAUCACAGGGGGAAAACCACUACUUUGGAUAGAUCCUACAAUCACGCGGGGAACCACUGGCUUGGAUAGAACCUAUGCUCACAGUUGCCCCUCAGAGACACUGUCGUAGUCGAACCACCAACUCUGAUCCACCUGAUCCACCUGUGUUUUCUUCUGUCACCUGGUCACAGAUCUGUGACCAUUCUAUAAAGUACUAGAAGAACUGAAGGUACUGACUUUGUGAUGACAUAACUUCUUGUGUGUCAAAAUAAAAUAUUUAUUUAUUGUAAACAUCAUAAUGUGAUUGUUUUUAGUGAGACAUCAACAUCAGCUGAUUGGACGUUUAUCUGUCAUAGAAUCUGUCAAUAGGAAAAGUCAAUAACUGAUUAUUUCAACAACCAACUUCAAUUAAAUCUGUUUACAUCAUAAUCUGACUUUUGAACUCUCAGAUAUAUCGACGUCAUCAUCAGCAUCAUGUGAUGUGUGUGACAUCAGUGCUGGGUGUGGUUACAGGUUCCACAGAGCACUCACCUGACCUUCACCUAUCAGUGAUGAGUGAUGAGAAAACAGAUUUUCAGUCUGUUUCAGCUAAAUGCUUAGCUAACAAUUUUUAAUGUCUGAUUUCCAGGUGAGGUUUUUUGUUUUCAGAGAGUUAGGAUGUUGAUAACAACCGACACACUCAGUACGUUUACAUGCACAAUUUAAUUCCACUUUUAAUCGGAAUGAAAGGCCAUUGCGAUUAAAAGUGGUCAUGUAAACGGUCAUUCCGAUUGAAAAACGGUCAUUCCGAUUGAAAAUUAUAUCCGAUUAAAGGGGGUGGUUUAUUCUGUUUGUCAUUCCGAAUGAAAGAAUUUUGUGUGCAUGUAUACACUCAUUCCUCUUUAAAUUCAUUCCGGUCUUUCUGCGCAUGCUCGUUUCCUUGCCCUUCUGGCGCCAUGACGUAUAUAGCGUGCAUAGCAAUGGGCUGCAUAGCAACGGGCUGAGAUAGAGCAGUCGGACUCGUUGCACUCACCGGUUUCUAUUCACCACAGCACGGUUUUCUACCUCCCUUUUUCGACCUUCUACCUCCCUUCUCCUCCUCAACAGACGAAGCAUUAGCAGAACAAGGUUGCUGUCGUACUGCUGCUUCAAGAAUAUAAGCAGAACAAGCCCGAAAAAGGCACUAAGAACAGCAUCGUCAAGCAUCUUGUUAUCCGGAGCGAGGACUACAGUGUUUUCUUCCGGUAAACGUAAACGCGUAACAUCCGCCCUGCCCCCUAUCCAAUCAGAAACCUUCCCUGCCCCAAACCUUGCGCAGACCUGAAUAAAGGCGAUUAAACUGAUUUCCGUGUAAACCCUCAUUCAGAAUGAAUAUUUCCCAUGUAAACUACCUGGAAAAACUUUAAUUCAUGAUUUCAUUCAGAUUUAUUUCAUUCCGAAUGAGAAGCCAUCAUGUAACUGUAGCUAUUGUGAAACAAAGAUGUAAUAACAGGGUGACGUUUCCAAAGGUGGAAGGGUUAGUCCCUGUCCCUGUUGGAACGUCUGUCUCGGGACAUCAGACAGAGUUCAGUCCAUCAGUAAAGGGACUGUGGGGACGUCUGUCUUGGGUCAUCAGACAGAGUUUGUUCCAUCAGUAAAGGGACUGUGGGGACGUCUGUCUCGGGACAUCAGACAGAGUUCAGUCCAUCAGUAAAGGGACUGUGGGGACGUCUGUCUCGGGUCAUCAGACAGAGUUUGUUCCAUCAGUAAAGGGACUGUGGGGACAGCUCAUUGGAGGAUCUAUCUGUAUCUGAACCAAAAUCAGAGGCCAUCUUCUUCCUGAAUGUUCUUCUUUGGUUUUUACUGCUCGCUGUGUGUCACAUGUAGGUCUGUCCUCAUGAACUCUCGUCCUUCUGAUUGGCUGGCUGCAGUCGUUUAUAUUGAAUGUUACAGACUUAAAUGGACCAAUCAGGGGCAUCUCAGGACUGGUGUGUCCUCAGGUCUACUCCUGGUCGUGGUGCUCCUGUUGACUCAGGAAGAGGUGCUGAGGGAGGAGGUGCAGGACAUCCUGCACCUCUGGCAGCAGUGGGCGGAGCGUUGUCUCCAUGACGACCUGUGCUGCUCAUGUCCUAUGUGGCCUGAAGUACAAAAAAAACAAAACAGGUUUAAAACUUUGGUUGUUCACACGAAACUCAACAGAUCAUCUCUGCUGCUGUCUUACCUCUGAUGACCUCACUGCAUGUGAACAGAAACAGCCAAUCAGAGUUGAGGAGUCCCUGACGCAGCACUGGUCACAUGACCCCAGACUGUGUCACAAUUCUGUCUCUCUGUCCUCAGAUCUGUUCACCAACAUGUUUUGGUUUUUAACUGCAGAAUGAGAACCUUUCUGACCUGGCGGCCAUCUUGGAUCAGGCAUCGUCCUCCAGAACUGGAUCAGACCAGAACUGGUGUAGGUACAAGAUCGGCUCGGCCUGCCAGAACAGCUCGGGGCCUGCGACUGCCUGUGACGUCACACAAUAUGAUCGGUUGUAAGAUGGGGUGAUGACAUGGCACGUUGUGAUUGGCUGUAGCGGGUUUACCAUUUUCAUGGGUUUAUCGCUCGGUGGUCUAGCGCCAGCAAAAUGGAAGAAAAAUCACAACUUUUACCUUGAAAUCCAUUUUUUUAGGCAAAAGGUGAGCAUCACAGCCUUACCCUCGCCUCCCCAAACCAGGUGUGUGUGUGUGUGUGUGUGUGUGAAAAUAAGUCAUACAGCAGGGUGAAUUCACACUACAACACUUAAGACAGCUUUCAAUGAAGUUGACCGUGUGUGUGUGUGUGUGUGUGUGUGUGUUAGGACAGAUGAACAACCAUCCAUAAAAACUAUGCCUAUCCACCGAAAUACUCCUGUAAGUUGUAUGGGGGAACACUGUUAUAUGUAAACAAGACAUUUAAAUUUUAGUUUAGUCGAAUGCACACACCAUCUGUUCAAUGUCUGUACAUGUCUUUAUUGAUUAGUUUUAUCUGUCAAACAUAGAAGGAUAUUGUACAGUUCUUCAACAAGUUCAUGUUUUAUCUAUUCUGUGUCAUUGCAGUUUGUAAAUGGUCACAGUGCUUUGUUAAACUGGGCCCUAAGAGUUAAAGCUUCAGUGCAGCAAUAGAAAGGAUCUGAGUUUCUAUGGCUGUCAAAGGUUUUUGAAAAACACUGGGUAUGUGUAUCUGUGUGUGUGUGUGUGUGUGUGUGUGUGUGUGUGUAUGUAUACAUAUAUAUGUGUGUGUGUGUGUGUGUGUAUAUAUCGACUGCAGCUAGAUAUAGAGUAUAUUUCUAUUGGCAUGGAAACAGAUUGAAUAGUUCCCAGUUUUCAUAUUUGUGAUUUGUGAUCUAUCUGACAGACACCUAUCUGUGUGUGUGUGUGUGUGUGUGUGUGUGUGUGUGCGUGUUUUCUGUCUGAUCUUAGUAUUUUCAAAGUCUUGGCCCCGCCCCCCUCAGCUGAUGCUUAUUUCCGGUUCCGGGUUCUUCUCCGUUGAGCAGCCACAGAGCAGACGGAGGAAAGAUGGCGGCGGCCCAGUCCGACAGAGACCCACCAUCUGCUUUAUGUUCGGAGUUCCUGAAUUUCUCCGCCAAAGACACGGCGUCGCAAUGGCUGGCUGCGUCCGACCUGCAGCAGGAGGUGUACCGUCACUUGGCGGUGUAUGUACCCAGAAUCCUUUGCCUGGGUCCAAGUGGGGGCAGCAGCAGGGAGGAGCAGAGGGAGGAGCUGGCUUGUCAGCUGCUCCUCCUGGCUCCCCUGGAGUGGCUCCUGCUGGGGGAGGAGCCGGCCACCGGCCUUGCCCUCCUGCAGGAGAACAACCAGCCGUCACCGCUGUGUGGUCAUGUGUUCAAGGUGGGAGAGCCCACCUACUCCUGCAGGGAGUGUGCAGCUGACCCGACCUGUGUCCUGUGUAUGAAGUGUUUCCUGGGAAGUGUUCACAAAGAGCAUCGAUACAGGAUGACGACGUCAGGAGGUGGAGGUUUCUGUGACUGUGGAGAUGCUGAGGCCUGGAAGAAAGGUCCUUACUGCCAGAAACACACACCUACGUCCAACAACAGAGACACUGACGAGGAUCCUGUAGCCCUGCUGCCUGCUGACAUGGUUAGUCGUGCUUUCAGCAUCUUCUCCAUCAUCCUGAAAUACGCUGUGGACAUGUUGACCUGGGAACAGGAGGACCAGCUGCCUGCAGGACUGGAGCCACCGGACAGAGGAGACACCUACUACUGCAUGUUGUUCAAUGAUGAAGUCCACACGUAUGAACAGGUGAUCUACACGCUGCAGAAAGCUGUUAACUGCAGCCAGAAAGAAGCCGUCAGCUUCGCCACAACCGUGGACAGAGACGGCAGGAAGUCGGUUCGACACGGAGACUUUCAGUUCUGUGACCAGGCCAAGUCUGUGAUCGUGAGGAACACCAGUCGUCAGUCAAAGCCUCUCAGGGUUCAGGUGAUGCACUCGUCAGUUGUUGCUCAUCAGUGUUUUGCUCUGAAGGCUCUCAGCUGGUUGGGACAGAUCAUUCAAUGCUCUGAUGGUCUGAGGAGGAUCCUGUGUCAGGUGGGCCUGCAGAAAGGUCCGGAAGGAGAAUACUCCUCGCUGGUUGACAAGCUAAUGCUCAACGACUCCAAGAUGUGGAAAGGAGCAAGGAACAUCUACCACCAGCUGCUGAUGAACAGCCUUCUCAUGGACCUCAAAUACAAGAAGAUCUUUGCUGUCCAGUUCGCCAAGAACUACAGACGGCUCCAGACAGAUUUUAUGGAGGACGACCACGAGCGAGUGGUGUCAGUGACCUCCCUGUCUGUUCAGCUCUUCACCGUCCCGACCAUGGCUCGGAUGCUGAUGGUGGAGGAGAACCUGAUGACCACCAUCAUCAGGACGUUUGUGGAUCACCUCCGUCACAGAGACCUGCAGGGACGCUUCCAGUUCGACCGUUACACCGCCCAGCAGGCCUUCAAGUUCGGACGGGUCCAGAGCCUCAUCGGAGACCUCAAGUACGUCCUCAUCAGUCGUCCCUCUGAGUGGAGCCAACAGCUCCGAAUCAAGUUUGUAGAAGGUCUGGACGCUUUUCUGGAGCUGCUCAAGUGUAUGCAGGGUAUGGACCCGGUGGUGAGACAGGUGGGACAGCAUAUAGAGAUGGAGCCUGAGUGGGAGGCAGCGUUCACUCUGCAGAUGAAACUGACUCACAUCAUCUCCAUGAUCCAGGAGUGGUGCUCCACGGACGAGCACGUGCUUAUCGAGGCCUAUAAGAAGUGUCUGAGCGCGCUCAGUCACUGUCACAGCGGCCUCCCAGACGGUGAGCAGCCAAUCAGCUUGAACCUGGCGGGUCACAGCGUGGAGACGUUCAGGUACCAGGUGUCUCAGGACAAAGUGUCCAUUCACCUGCCACUCUGCAGACUGCUGGCAGGUCUCCAUGUUCUCCUCAGUAGGACUGAAGUGGCGUCUCGUUUCCCCGAGCAGCUUCCUCUGGUCAAGAGGGUGUGGUCAGUCCUCAUCAGAGGAUGUCGCUGCCUGGUGCUCUGUGCCCAGGUGCAUGCUGGGAUGUGGAGGAGGAACGGCUUCUCUCUAAUCAACCAGAUUUAUUAUUAUCACAACGUGAAGUGCAGAGUGGAGAUGUUUGAUAAGGACAUCAUCAUGCUGCAGGCGGGGGCAUCCAUGAUGGAUAGGAGGACCAGGAGGAUUGAGGAGGAACUGUUUCACAUCUUCAGCUCCGCAUGGAGGAAGGGAAGGAGGAGGAGGAGGAGGAGGAGAGAGGCCAACAAGGAUGUGGUCCAGCAGAACAACACUCUGAUCGAGGAGAUGCUUCAUCUCAUCAUCAUGGUCAUCGGUGAGCGGUAUGUGUCAGGUGUGGGACAGGUGGAGCCCUUUGAUGAGGUCAGAAGAGAAAUCAUCCACCAGCUGUCCAUCAGACCCAUGGCUCACAGUGAGCUGGUUAAAGCUCUGCCAGAGAACGGUAAUAAGGAGACAGGUCUGGAGAGAGUCAUUGACACUGUGGCUUCAUUCAAGAAACCAGGUGUAACAGGUAGAGGUCUGUACGAGCUUCGUCCUGAGUGGAACAAACACUUUAACCUGUACUUUCAUCACUACAGCAGAGCUGACCAGUCCAAGGCUGAGGAAGCUCAGAGGAAACUGAGGAGACAGAACGGAGAGGACACAGCCCUCCCCCCCCCUCUCCCUCCCCCUCUCUGUCCUCUGUUCGGCAGCCUGGUAAACCUGCUGCAGUGUGACGUCCUGUUGGCUGUAGAGGGCGCUGUGCUGCAGUGGGCCGUGGAGCCCAGUGGGGGGGGCUGGACUGAGUCCAUGCUGCAGAGGGUGCUUCACCUGGUGGGUGUGGCUCUAUUGGAGGAGCAGCAGCAGCUGGAGAGCAGCAGCAGAGAUGAUGACAUCACCUUUAACUACACUUGCAAGAUCACACGUCCAGGUGAAGCUCCCAGUACUUCAGGAAGUGUCCUGGCUCUGUUGGAGAGUCUGCAGAACGCUCCUCACCUGGAGGUCCACAAAGACAUGAUCACCUGGAUCCUCAAGAUGGUGGCGAACAUCAAGUCGAUGAGAGAACGAACAUCCUCUACCUCCACCAUCACCAUCAGCCCAGGACAGGAACUGCAGGAGACGGUGCGAGACAAAGAUAAGGCGGAGAGGAAGAGGAAGGCGGAGAUGGCUCGUCUGAGGAGAGAGAAGAUCAUGGCUCAGAUGUCGGAGAUGCAGAAACACUUCAUCAACGAGAACAAAGAACUGUUUCAGCAGAGUCUGGAGGAGCUGGAGGCGUCCACGUCUGCUGCUGCGGACAGCAGUCCUCCCAGUUCAGACUCCACCUGUAUCUCACAGGUGUGUAUUGGUCCCAGGAGGGUGGGCAGAGCUGAGCGCCGGCAGCUGGUGACCUGCAUCCUGUGUCAGGAGGAACAGGAGGUCAGAGGUCAUGGCAGAGCCAUGGUGCUGGCAGCAUUCGUCCAGAGGUCCACAGUUCUGUCCAAAAACCGCAGCCGCACCCUCCCUGACCCAGAGCAUCACAACCCACUGUUCAUGCACCCUGACCUGUCUCUGGGGAUCCACACUGCCAGCUGUGGACACAUCAUGCAUGCCACCUGUUGGCAGAGGUACUUUGAGGCAGUGCAGCUGAAAGAGCAGAGACGACAGCAGCGUCUGCGAGGUCACACCAGCUACGACGUGGAGAACGGCGAGUUCCUGUGUCCACUGUGCGAAUGUCUGAGCAACACUGUGAUCCCCCUACUGCCACACACACACUCACCUGACCACCUGACCUCAGGUACACACUCACCUGACUACAGGUACACACUUCAGACCUCAGGUACACACUCACCUGACCUCAGGUACACACUUCAGACCACAGGUUCACACUUCAGACCACAGAUACGCACUCACCUGACCUCAGGUACACACUCACCUGACCACAGUGUCGAUCAUCCCAGUUUGGAGGCGUGGCUUAAAACGACCAAUCAGCAGAUAGCAGCACUACACUUUGCCCACAGGAAGCAGUGUGACGGUGUAGCAGAGGGGGCAGAGCCUGCUGUACCCGAAGGAUUCAGCGUCAACUUCUCUCCACAGAACCCGUUCUCCAGCAGCGUCAGUGAGAUGAUCACCACGUUCAGCAUGUCCACGUACAAGGUGGGACUGAAGGUGAACCCCAACGAGCAGGACGCCAGAGUCCCGGUGCUAAGCUGGUCCACCUGCGCCUACACCAUCCAGAGUAUAGAGCGCCUCCUGAUGGACGAGGAGAAGCCAUUGUUUGGAAGUUUACCUUGCAGACAGGACGACUGUCUGAGCUCUCUGACCAGGUUCAGUUCUUCCUGUUGGACUGCUGCUCCACUAACGACUGUUCAUACACACUUCAUCAGGCUGCUCGCAGCCCUGGUUCCAGACUCUCAGGUAGAAGACACCGUCUGUAUCCUCAACAUCGACAUGUUUCACCUGCUGGUUUACAGUGUGUUGUCGUACAACUCAGUUAACAGUCUGGACCAAUCAGGACAGAGAGUGGUAGACUCCGCCCACCUCCACCUGCUUCACCUAGUCACUGUGGCUCACCUGGUUCAGAUCCUGCUCACCUCCACCACAGAGGAGGUCUGUAUGGAUCAGGACAGUGGGGGAUCAGAGGAGGAGCUCACCUGUCAUCUGUAUGACACACUGAGGACACACCUGGGCAGUGUGUUACCUGAGGUGACAUCAGGCUGGCAGCUGGUUCGUUGUGUUAAAUCUGGCGUCCUGCCGUUCCUCCGAGCCGCCGCCCUCUUCUUCCACUACUUGAACUCUACAGCGCCCCCUGCUGACCUGCUGGUUACAGGUCCUGGUCAGUGGGAGGCACUGCUCAGCUACCUCAGUCUGCCCUCCAACCUGCUGCAGCUUUACCACAGUCAACACACACUGCUGGAGCCGCUCAUACACAGGUGGUGCUGUCAUCCAGGUGUGAGACAGACGCUGCAGGGGGGCGGAGUCAUCGUCAGGUUCCCCAGAGAGUCCAACCGACUGAUCGACCUGCCAGAGGACUACAGCGUCCUGAUAAACCAGGCGUCCAGCUUCACGUGUCCCCGGUCAGGUGGAGAUAAGUCUCAGGCCCCCACCCUGUGUCUGGUGUGCGGCUCCAUGUUGUGUUCUCAGAGUUACUGCUGUCAGACGGAGGUGGAGGGCGAGGACGUCGGAGCCUGCACUGCCCACACCUUCACCUGUGGAGCAGGCCUCGGCCUCUUCCUCAGGGUCAGAGAGAGUCAGGUGUUGUUUAUGGCAGGUAAAACUAAGGGCUGCUUUUAUCCUCCGCCGUACCUGGACGACUACGGAGAGACCGACCAGGGCCUUAAGCGGGGGAACCCCCUCCACCUGUGUCUGGAGCGUUACAGGAAGAUCGAGCGUCUGUGGCGUCAGCACGGCGUCGCUGAGGUCAUCGGUCAUGCUCAGGAGGCCAAUCAGACGCUGGUCGCCAUCGACUGGCAGCACCUGUGAUGUUCGAUUGGCUCGCUCCUUUUUUGCCCUGCCCCUUUUUUCAAUAAAGAUCCUUCCUCUCGACCAAUCAGCUUCCUGCAGCCCAGUGCUGAGCUCCAAUCAGCUUUCAGGGAUUUUUUCAGCUCCUGACCUUUGACCUUUGACCCUGUCCAUGUUUCACUCCACCAGUCAGAUAGAGGCAGUGAGACAGACUCCGCCCCCUCUGCUCACACACAGGAAGAUGUUUUCAGAUUUUCUUCAGUUUAGGUUUUGGAGAUUUUCAGUUUUUUCUUUCCUUUUCUUUUUUGACAGGAAGUUGAACCAAGGUGAAGCCCAGCCCCCCUGCUGUCGUCACUGACAGGUGAUCCUGUUACAUGAUGGGAAAAACUGGGGUGUAUGUCACCAACAACCAGCCAAUCACAGAGCUGCAGCCAAGGCUGAUGGGUAGUGUAGUGUUCAGAGACUCUUUUGGUCCUCAGUUGGUUUCCGUGGCGAAAGAUGUUUGACAGAUGAUUUUGAUCGCAUCAAUGACAUCACAGUGGGAGUAGUGAUCGGUGUAAAAACAUAUCAGCUGCGCAUCGACGAGGAAGAGACGUCACGUCAUGUUUUAGUUUUGUUGUUUUAUUGUUUUUAUUUACAGGGCUUUGUGGUUGGUGGGUUUGUUCUGGAGGAGCAGUGUGUGAUGUCACUUCCUUGUUAGGAUGAGUUGUUUUUUAUGAAUUUGUCCAGAAUCAAGCAGCGAACAGAAACAUCUCCUUCAUUUAUUUAUUUAUUUAUUAGUUUAUCUGAAUCUGAUUUUCUUUCUUUCUUUUUUCUUUUUUUUGGGGUAUAAACAAACGAACGUGUCGGCAGCAUGUCGCCGCCAUCGUGAUUGCCGCUGUGUUAAUAUGUGAAUUCUUGUAUAAACCGUACAUGUAUGAUAUUGUAUAUGAACUACAAAACCAAUAAAAACUUUUAAAGCAC